AUGCUAGCUGAUUGUGUAAUUAAAUUAUCAAAUCUUUGCUGGGGAUUAACACCAAACAAAAUACGGAAAGUUGCAUAUGAAUAUACUGUAUGAAACAAUACAAGAAAUAAGUUCAGUCCCAAUAAAGAAACACGUGGAAAAGAAUGGCUAUAUGGUUUCCUAACAUCACACCCCCAAUUGUACUUAAGAAAGCCAGACGCGACUAGUAAGAAUAGAGUAUAGCUUUUAAUAAAGCAGAUAUAAAUGUGCUUUAUGACAACGUGACAAUAUUAAUGGAAAAAUAUAAUUUUCACCCGAACCGCAUAUACAAUGUGGACGAGAUUGGGAUAACAACUGUGCAUAAACCAUCUCGUGUUCUUGCACCAAAGGGAAGAAAGCAAAUUGGGUCAAUUAGUGGCGAGCGAGGUCAAACACUACUGUAG